UUGGAAAUCGAUUCUGUAUUUUACCGGAUAUUCUCAUAAUAUUUUCAAUUAUUCCGGUUGAAAUCGUGCAGUCAUGGAUAUAGGAGAGCUUCUUUCAUUCAAGCCUGAGCAGACGCCGAAACGCCCUUCAGAUUUUGAUGACGACGAAGAUUAUUCUCCGGAACACAGAACUGUGGCAACAGCAGAACCUCCACCAAAGGUGAGGAAAGAUCACAAUACUCCGAACGUUAAAGCAAAACCACAAGUAUCUCAGAAGGAACCGCAGAUCAGCGAACAGGAACGAAUUGACAUCCUCAAAUAUGUUGAAUCAGAAGAAGCUGAAGGAGAAGUGCUGGACGAUACGAGUUUGAAGAAGAUUCUUUUGCUUUUCGAGAAGCGAGUUCUGAAGAAUCAGGAAAUGCGUAUCAAAUUUCCUGAUAAUCCUGAAAAGUUUAUGGAAAGUGAAAUCGAGCUGAACGAUGUCAUACAGGAACUUCAUGCCGUGGCUACCGUCCCGGAUCUUUACUCCUUGCUGGUCGAAUUGAAUGGUGUUUCGAGUUUAUUAGAACUUUUAUCGCAUCAGAAUACGGACGUUAGUGUUGCGGUUGUAGAUUUGCUUCAAGAGCUGACAGAUGUGGAUAUAUUGCAUGAAAGCUUGGAGGGAGCUGAAACAUUGAUUGAAGCAUUGCGGAACCAACAGGCUGCCGGUCUGUUAGUUCAAAAUCUCGAACGAAUAGAUGAGACCGUUAAGGAGGAAGCUGAUGGUGUUCACAAUACUUUGGCCAUCUUUGAGAAUUUGAUGGAGAUCAAGUCUGAAAUCGCAAAGGAAAUAGCUGAACAAGGUUUGCUACAGUGGAUCCUGAAACGUUUGCGGAUGAAGAUGCCUUUUGAUGUGAACAAGUUGUACUGCAGCGAAAUUAUGUCCAUUCUAUUACAAGAUACCAAUGAAAAUAGGAUCCUGUUGGGGAAUUUGGAUGGAAUCGAUGUGCUUCUGCAGCAAUUGGCGGCCUACAAGCGACAUGAUCCAUCUUCGACUGAAGAGCAAGAGUUUAUGGAAAAUCUGUUCAACAGCCUUUGCUCGGCUCUAAUGGCAGCAGAAAAUCGCGAAAAGUUUCUCAAAGGAGAAGGACUUCAGCUGAUGAACCUAAUGUUGCGCGAGAAGAAACUCUCCCGAAACGGAUCUCUCAAGGUUCUUGAUCAUGCCAUGUCCGGACCAGAUGGGCGAGACAAUUGCAACAAGUUUGUUGACAUCCUAGGUUUGCGAACCAUUUUUCCAUUGUUUAUGAAGACCCCGAAACGUAACAAGAAGCGUAUAUUGAGCACUGACGAACACGAAGAACAUGUUGUAUCGAUUGUGGCUAGCAUGCUGCGAAAUUGUAAAGGCGGUCAAAGACAACGACUGCUGACUAAAUUCACCGAAAAUGAGUUCGAGAAGGUAGAAAGACUCAUGGAACUUCAUUUCAAAUACUUGGAGAAGGUAGAAGUCGUCGACCGUGAAAUCGAUCAACAAAUUACCACUGGCGAGGAGGAGGAAGAUGAGGAUGUCAUUUACGUAAAACGACUUUCUGGAGGAUUGUUCACCCUACAGUUGAUUGACUAUAUCGUACUGGAAGUCAGCUCAACCGAUGUGGUUAAACAGCGCAUUCUGCAAAUUUUGAAUUUGAGAAAUGCUUCGAUGAAAACCAUCCGGCAUGUCAUGCGCGAAUAUGCCGGUAAUUUGGGUGAUGCCGGGGACUCCGACUGGCGAGAACAAGAGCAAGCAUACAUUAUUCAAUUAGUUGAUCGCUUUUAAAAUCCUUUACCACGUAGAAUUAAUAAAGUAUGCAUUGAAAUUUAAGACCAAACGAAAUUUUGACUGUAAAU